CAAAACAAAUCGCCAACUUCACAACUUGUCAUAUUUUUAUACAAUUUGCUUAUUUUCAAUUUGUAAUAAAGCAAAUAUUUGCAUGUAUUAAAUCGUCUGAAAAUAAUUCGAACCCAAUUAAAAACUUGUAUCCAUAAUAUGGAAGAUAAAACCUUUACAUGGACAUCUGACCUCAAUAAGAGACUUUUCCAACUUCGUUUUGAGAAUGAUUGGCUUUUUAAAAGUAAAAAACAACCUUGGAAUGAAUUUCGAAAAUUGCUAUUGGAAAAUGGAUUCCCAAAUGAAAUGACUAUAGACCAUGUUAGAAAGAAAUGGUCUUACACUUAUGAUAUGUACAAAACAGCAAAGAAAACAAAUAACAAGAGUUGGAAAUAUUUUAAAAUAUUUGAUAAGCAUUUUGGUAAUAAUGAAAUAUUGGAUAAGUAUGAAUCAUGGAAUGAUGAAUGGCGGCUGAAAUUAAUAAUCUGUGUGACAGAGACUAAGGAAAUGAAGUUGGAUCCUAUGACUAUGUGGAAGACAGUUGAGAGAGCCAUGCGAUGUCAAGAUCUGCCUCUGGACUGCUGUGUGCAAGACAUGAAGGGACUGUGGCAUCAUAUUAAAAUUACUUUUGGUAGAAAACAUCGUAUGAAACUAAAAAAGAGUUCUGAACGAAGCGAGUGGCCAUUGUACGACACCAUGUAUUCUUACUUCGAGAAGUUUGAACCCGAUGUUCUAACCAAGCUGGAGGAACAGGGCUCCUGUGGCAACAGAAUGCCUUGUGCUAGAUUCUUUAGACAUAAUAAAAAGAAUAGCGAUAAAAAUGAGAAUGAAACUGAAACUGAGUUUCAAUGGUCCAAGGAUAUCACAGAAACGUUUAUCCAGAUCAGAUUGCAACACGAUUGGCUGUUCAGACAGAAAAAAUGGGCGUGGAAUGAGCUGCUGCAAAUCAUGAUUGAGGAAUAUGGAUUCCCUAAAACGUUGACAUCAAGAGAAUUGGGAAGAAAAUGGGCGGCAACGUUUUCCGAAUAUCAAAAGGCCAAGGCGACGAACAAUAAGACUUGGGUUUACCACAACUUAUUCGAGCUGUACUUGGGUGAAUCAUCAAACCUCAGUUUGAAUCCACUCGUCGACUGGCAAGAAGAAUGGGUGUUCAACUUAAUCAGUGCCCGCACAGACCUGGAACACACAUUCAGAAGUUUCAAGGAUCCCCUGCAUGGAUGGCGCGAGGUUGAAAAAGUAUUAAGAAGUAUCGGAUUACCGUUGGACCACAGUUUAUUGGAUCUGCAAGAAAUAUGGCUUCAUCUAAUAAAAACAUUUAAGUGGAAAACAAAAUUCGCAAAUAAAGGCAUCCUAAACGAGCAAUGGCCUUACUUCGAAGCUAUGAGUCGAUAUUCAGAGAUACAAGAGAAAAAAGCAAUUAAAAAGCAGAAAAUUGAAGAGAGUGACCAUUACGCUGAUGCUGCAAUUGACGAUGAUUUCGAAGAUGACAUGAAGUUAUUAGACUUAAAACAGAAGAUGCAGCUUCAAGUGAGGCCUAAGUUUGAAGAAGACGACUCCGAUCGAUGUCGGUCGUGCUCCAAUCUGACGGCUUCCGUAAACAUAUUCGAACAAAAAGAUGAUGACGGAUUUGAUGUCGCUCACAAGCUAAAACUUAUAGGAGGAAUUGAGGUCGAAAAAACAGAUAAUCUACCGUCCCAAAUAUGCCUAAGUUGCCUCGAAAUACUAGAAAACGCUUACAAAUUCAGACGGAAAUGUCAAGAUAUUGAUAAAAUGCUCCGUGGCACUGCACGACAUAUCAAAGUAGAAGUGAUUGACAAAAAUGACCUUACUGAGACACACAAUGAUGACAAUGGAGAUGACAGUCAUGAUGCAAAUGAAGUUGAAAUCACCUAUGAGCAGAUAUCCAGUGACAUGGUAGAACAAUUACAAAACGAAGUCAAACCCAAAAUGAAAACGGAACAGGUUAGAAGAAAGAAGAAGAAAAUGAAAAAAUUAAGAUACGAUUACUGGAAAAUAUGCGAAAUCUGCGGGAAAAAUACUCGAAAUCUGGUCAGCCAUUUAGACACGCACUCCACCGACAAACUCUACUCCUGUAACGUGUGCGAUAAAAAGUUUAAGUUCAAAAGUGGUUUGAUCAUACAUAAAGCGGUCCACGAUCCUACACCGCGGAAAACUUGCGAAGUAUGUGGGAAAACGUUUCACAUAUUGGCUCAGUACAGAAGACAUUUUGUGUAUCACGCGAACGAGAGGAAAUACGAAUGUGAGACUUGUGGGAAGCGAUUCAAUACCUUAGAUAUAUUAAAAGUGCAUAACAGAACACACACGGACGAAAGACCGUUCAGCUGUCAAGAGUGUGGGAAAACAUUCAGGACAGCCGGCUGCGUCAGUAGACAUAGGAGAAUUGUACAUAGAAAUAUAAAAAAAGUUCAAUAAAUGUAAGGGAAGCGGC